AGCAACACAACAAUAACAAUUACAACAACCACACAGCAGCAAUGCCCAACGAUAAAAACUUGCCCUGGCCGCGAGAAUGGGCAGCUCUGAAGCUUCAAAUUGUUGUUUACGUGUCUUCUUCCCAAAGCUGAGGACGCUACCACAUUGACCCGACGCACGGUUCGGUGGCAGUAAGACUGGCAGAAAAAACGAAAAGAAAUUUCCUCUAGACCCCGGGUUUUGAAUCCGGAUCGAUCUCAGUGUUUGCUCGCGGUGUUGAUUUAUCUGGCUGCUGGCUCUGUGUUCUAUUCUAUUCUAUUCUAUUCAAUUCUAUUCUGUAUUCUGUUUGCUCCGACUCUAUUCUUGCGUCUACCGGUCUACCCUAUCAUAUAUUUUUGUUUGCUCUCUCUCGCAUAAGUAAACCGUUUCCGAAAUAACCAUGAAUAUCCAUAUGAACACGAACACUCUGAAGUACAUCAGUCUCCUAACGUUAACGCUGCAGAAUGCGAUCUUGGGCCUCAGCAUGCGCUAUGCCCGGACCAGACCCGGCGACAUUUUCCUGAGUUCAACGGCUGUUCUAAUGGCCGAGUUUGCCAAGCUGAUAACAUGCCUGUUUCUGGUAUUCAAUGAGGAGGGCAAGGAUGCCCAGAAGUUUGUGCGUUCGCUGCACAGGACAAUCAUUGCCAAUCCCGUGGACACGCUCAAGGUGUGCGUACCCUCGCUGGUAUACAUUGUGCAGAACAAUCUGCUGUAUGUGUCGGCCUCGCAUUUGGAUGCGGCCACGUACCAGGUCACAUAUCAACUAAAGAUCCUCACCACGGCCAUGUUUGCCGUGGUCAUCCUACGCCGUAAGCUGCUCACCACGCAGUGGGGUGCCCUGCUCCUGCUGGUCAUGGGCAUUGUCUUGGUUCAACUCGCCCAGACUGUCACGAGUCCGAGCGGCAGCAGUGACUCCUCCCCCUCGUCGUCGUCAACUGGCGGCGGUGCAGCAUCGUCGUUGAGUGCGAUACCCGAACAGAAUCGGAUGUUAGGAUUGUGGUCCGCCUUGGGUGCCUGCUUCCUGUCCGGUUUUGCGGGCAUUUACUUCGAGAAGAUUCUUAAGGGAGCCGAGAUCUCCGUGUGGAUGAGAAACGUGCAGCUCAGUCUGCUGAGCAUACCAUUUGGCCUGCUCACGUGCUUUGUUAACGACGCCAGUCGCAUCUUCGAGCAUGGUUUCUUCCAUGGUUACGAUUUCUUUGUGUGGUAUCUGGUGCUGCUGCAGGCCGGCGGCGGCCUCAUCGUGGCCGUUGUGGUCAAGUAUGCGGACAACAUUCUGAAGGGUUUCGCCACAUCCCUGGCCAUCAUCAUAUCCUGCGUGGCCUCCAUCUACAUCUUUGAUUUUAAUCUCACCCUGCAGUUCAGCUUUGGCGCUGCCUUAGUCAUCGCCUCGAUCUUUAUGUACGGCUACGAUCCGUCCCGAUCUGCUCCCAAGUCAACGGCACAGACGACGGGCGAUGAAGAGAAGCUGCUGCCGCGCGUCUGAAAUGAUCUGGAUCGCCCCCCCAACAGUAUUUGUCCCAAGAGCCCAGAGUUGGGCCGUGUAAUGCUUACAUUUGAUGUACUUUGAUAUUCCCACUACUCUGUAUGCGUGUGUGCAUGUGUUUGUUCUUUGUGUGUGUUUUAUUUAGUAAUUAUGGAUUAUAUGAGAAUCCACAUUGCCCCUGGAGUCACACAACUCACUCCAAUUAUGUACUAUACUUAUCAUUUUGUUUGAAAUUAAAGGAAACAAAG